AUGAAGUCCUGCAGAGCUGGACCUCCAGAUGGAGGUUAUGGCUGGGUGGUGGUCAUGUCCGCCUUCCUUGUCAUGGGCCUCACUGCAGCUGUCCUCAAGAACUUUGGACUCUUCUUCCUGGACAUCCAGAGUCACUUUGAAGUCCCAACCAGUACAACUUCAUGGGUCACCUCCACCACGAUUGCUACAUUUCACCUGGGAGGUACAGAUACAACUUGAUGUCAUGAGCUGUUCUCAUCAGUUGUUUGAGAUGGUCUUAUCAUUGUUUGUUAUUUUCUCAGCUCCACUGGCCAGUGCGCUGACACUGCAGUUUUCUCAGAGAGUUGUCAUCAUUAUCGGAGGUCUUCUGGCCUCUUCAGGGAUGCUGCUAGCGUCUCUGGACCUCAGUCUGCCCUGGCUCUACCUCACAAUGGGUGUCCUGCAAGGUAAAACACUCAGGAUUAACUCUGAACUUUUGGAGGCUGUUUUCAUUUUCUUUCAAAAGUUUGAUCUGCUUUGGUCUCAGGAAUUUCAUCUGUUACCUAAUAAGACACUUGCUGGUAUUUUGGUCAGUGUCCAACUGGUGAAACUGGUCCAACUGAAAAUUUUAACUACUAUAGAAGCACAACUAACAGAGAUGACAUUUUCUUGUUAAAACAGCCAGAGAACUUAAAUUAAUACUGAAAAUGAAAUCUAGUUGAAUCUCUCAAACAUAUUGCCUGAUAUAAUUCUAGUUUUCAUCUCUAAAGGGGAAUUUUCAAUCUGAUUUCUCCCGCCUUUUUUAGGUCUGGGAAUUUCCUUCUCCUGGAUUCCUGCCAACAGCAUGGUGAGCCACUACUUUGCACGAUGGCGUCCCAUCGCUUACGCCAUCGCAAGCUCAGGGGAGUGCGUCUUCGCCGUCAUGUUUAGCCCCUUCUUCCAGUGGCUGAUCGACAUGUACACCUGGCAGGGGGCCUUGCUCAUCAUUGGAGGCCUUCAGCUCAACCUGUGUGUGUGUGGCGCUCUCAUGAGACCCCUGCAGAUAGUCCAGAUCCCGCCUCAAGGAACAGAAGACAGUCUGGAAGGUGAUACUCCUGCUCCCCCACCAAAGAGAAAGUUUUUCUUCCAGUGUGGGCUGAUGAGGAAGCUGGAAUUCCUCCUCUACAUCCUGUUUGCCAUCUUUGCAGCAGCAGCUUUUUUCAUCCCUCCUCUGUUUUUGGUCCCCUUUACUCAAAGUUUGGGGAUCGAUCAGUACUGGCCAGCCAUGAUUCUCUCCACUCUGGCUCUUGCCGACCUGGCCGGGAGGCUGAUCUGCGGGUGGGUUGCCAACAUGAGGCUGUGCAGGAACCUACAACUGCUCUCUAUGAUGGUCACUCUGCUGGGCGUGGUCCUCCUACUGCUGCCCAUCAGUCAGAACUACUGGGCCAUUGUGACUUUUGCUUUGCUUUACGGCUUCCUGUUCGGCUGCGUGGUGGCGAUUCAUGUCACCUCUAUCGUGGAUAUUGUAACACUGGAGGGAUUUGACAACGGGCUGGGGCUCUUCAUGCUUUUUCGGAGCAUAGGGGGCUUUGUGGGUCCACCUGCUGCAGGUGAGCAGUCUUUGUUAACGGCCUCUGGUGAAGGAAAAUGAGAAGGAAUGUAAAGAUUUGCAUCAGUGAAAUGUGUCUGUGCUUGUUUAGUGACCAUAAAUGCAAAAUUUCAGUGGGGAACAGAGGCUUUUAAGUGUUGGGUGUCAUUUAAGAGAGAGGUUUUGCAUCCAGUACUACAGUUUGUGGGUUAUAAACAUGGUUCCUCUAGUCUUACAAUUACAUGACUCAGGGGAUAUGCUUAAGUUUCUUCUUUAAGCUCCUCCUGCACACCUACCUGUCCUGAGAGGAUUCAGGUUUCUGUGACUUUGUUGAGUCUCUUACUGGCCAAAACCAGAACAUCAUUAACAAGGUCCUGCUGGACAAGCCUGUCUGUGCACAUAGUUUUUUAAGUCUGUGUGGUUGGAAAAGUAGAAAUUAGUGUCUGUGAGCUGUGACUGGACACUUUUAGAGACAAACAAUGCUGCUGUAGUAAUCUGCACUCAGCAGCAACAUGAAUCACUGAUCUUUUAUGAAAUGUAGUGCAGACAAAAGACAUCUCAUUUGGCUUCAGUGUCCUUAGACCUACAGUCACUUCACAUUAUCAUACUGUGCUAUAAUAGUAUGGUAUGAUAAAAAUGUAAAAUUUUAGUAUCAUAAAAAUGUCAUAAUACAGUAUGAUAAAAAAUAUUGUUAAGUAUGACAAAAAUGUCAAAUUUUAGUAUAAAAAAGAUGUCAGUAUAGUAUGAUAUAAAAUGUCAUAGUUUAGUAUAACAAAAAAAAAUCUAAUUUUGGUAUAAAAAGAUGUCAUAGUUGGUAUGUUAACAAUGUCAUAAUAUAGUGUGAUGAAAUUUUUUUUCCCGUUUUAGAAUAAAAAAUGUUUUAAUAUAGUGUAAAAAUUUCACAUUUUUCACUUAAUAUAAAUAAACAUUAAAUACUAAUAAAUGUCAUAGUAUUGUUUGAUUAAAAUGUCAUAGGAUAGUAUGAAAGAAAAAUCAUUUUUAUUUUGAAAAAAUUCAUAGUAUAGUAUGAUAAAAUAUGAUGUCAUAUUGUAGUAUGGUAAAAAUUUUCAAUUUUAGUAUGAAAAAAUUUGUCUUAAUAUACUAUGAAAAAAAAUUCUAGUUUUAGUAUGAAAAAAAUAUCAUCACUCUCAUUAUGAUAUUUUGACUGUUUGCUAAAGCUCCAGUCAGGAACUUUUGGUUUGUGUCGGUUCUAGCGCCCCCUGUGGAUGAGGUGAUGCCCUGUUCCAUACAGCAUCAGUUUUGUUUGCUUUGAAGGUUUCAGGAGGCAUCACUCAGAAAGUUUUCAUGUAAACAAAACAAGGCAAUGUAUUGUAUUAGCCUGACUGAAACUGGACUUUAAAAAACUAUGUAAACACGUUAGUCAAACUGAAAUUGCUCAAAGCUGCGCUUCUUAUAGUCAGACUAACAUACCUGGAUAAAGAUGGGGGGUAAACAAAACCUUGCCAGAGGAAGAAGGGAUGUAAAAACACAAACUUUCCUGUCCGUCCUCACACGAGGACGGCCCCGUAUUGUCUUGGCGUCGGCACCAAAACAUGUAUCACUGGUUACACAUCGUAUUGUACGUAGGCUUAGUGCAUUUACAUGACAACGCAAAAUACCCUGUAGUACAUACGCUCGGCCUAAAGGUGACACUGGGAAAUUGCCACAAAGCACCAAAUACAGAGAAUGCGCAUACGCAUACAAGAUCGAAUAGAUAUGCAGAUAAUCUAAGGUUGUGGUGUAUUUCUUUGUACAGGUAACACUGAUAUAGCUUUUGUCCUGAAGGAGGUCUACAAGCUCCUCUGUUUGUUUCUUCAUUCCUUGUGGCACUUCAUGAUCUAACUCAUGUUUCACCUUCAGGCUGGCUGGUGGACGAGAUGAACAACUACAGCAUUGCCUUCUACCUCUCAGGCCUCUGCUUGAUCACCUCAGCCAUGUUUGUCAUCGUGGUCGACUGUCUGGUUCAGAGGAGGAAAGUCCUGGAGGCUGAAGUUCAUCAGGUGACCAACACGAGUAGCAGGGGGAGAGGAAUGUCAAAUCAAGAGAUCCUGUUACACAACAAAUGA